AAUUUUAUAUUGCGACGUGUCUGGAAAGCUGUCGCAGACAUCGUGCUAGUAUGAAUGCAAGCGGACAGCGCGUCGCGCUUCUCACAUUUACCUCGUACCUCUUUGUCGCUAGCUUCCAUCGACUACUGUCAUCGGUAGUUCAGUACGCAGAUGCAGCCGUAAUAGUCAAAUCACCCGUAGGUAAAAUACUGGGUGUGAAACGCAGUGCAUUUGGAGACAAGGACGUUUACGCUUUCACCGGGAUACGCUACGCCAAGCCUCCUAUUGGUGCGCUCAGAUAUCGGAAACCCCAACCGGAACCGCCAUGGGGCGACGACGUUUGGGACGCGACGCGAACGCCUCCGUCGUGCCUACAGCACAGCGUCUUUUCCCCAAGGGAUUUAAUUUGGAUACCGUACGAUGUACAAACAAGCGAAGACUGCCUGUAUUUGAAUAUCUGGUCGCCGAGUCUAAAUGCCACGGCAAAGCGUCCCGUGAUGGCUUGGAUACACGGAGGACAGUUCAUUCACGGCUCGGCUGCUACGCCCCUGGUUGACGGUGGUAACCUGGCUGCCCUAGGGGACGUCGUCGUUGUCACAAUCGCGUACAGGCUGCAGUCAUUCGGAUACCUCUACGACGGCACAGAAAACGCUCCCGGGAACCAGGGCCUACACGACCAACUUCUGGCGCUCAAAUGGAUUCGGGAGAACAUUGCUGCUUUCGGCGGUGACCCAUCGGAAGUCACAUUGUUCGGAUUUAGUGCGGGCGGCAUGUCAAUCGGAUUCUUCCUGACUGCUCCGAGCGCACGAGCGUUGUUCAAACGAGCCAUCAUCCACAGCGGUCCCGUGGCAAGGAACGGCCUGACAAAAGACAAGGGCGCCGCGCUCAUUGAGUCAUUCAAAUUCGCGAAGAUAUUCGGUUGUAAUAACGAAAGUUCUGAAGCCCACAUGGCUGGUAGCUUUGCCUCCUGCAUGCGCAAUGUCAACGCAAGCCUGAUCUCAGUGCUGGAACAGAAUUUUAUGAAUGAUGGUGGCAAGUUUAUGCCCAUUUUUGGCGACCAUCUCCUGCCGACCGAUCCCCAGGUGGCAAACUUCACGGGCGACAGGGAUGUUAUGAUUGGAUACGUCGCUAGCGAAGGAAGCGUAAACCUGUACGUGCGUUUUACCGACGUUUUUUCGAAGACGCUUCCUCCGAGAAAUGUAAGCAAGGUUGAAAUGCUAUACUAUUUGGGCGCUCUGCACAAAGGCCUGUCUAUUUCUGAAGUGCUGACACUUCGGGAACUGUACAUGAGAAAAAUUGCGGAUGUUGAUUACGAUAAACUGAGACGCGCGCUUGCAGAGGAGCAGUCAGACGUGCUCAUAAAUUGUGCUUCGGUGGACACGGCGCUAAAGCUCGCCAAAGCCGCAACUUCAGCCAAAGCAAACAAUGCGGUUUACUUAUACAAGAUGAACCACGUGUCUCGAUGCACCAAAGUUCAGCCUUGGUUGGGCAUGACGCACGGUGAUGAUACUCCUUUUGUAUUUGGUAGACCUUUGGACGAGAACGGCUGCGGUGGAGACAUUCCUUUCGCAAAGAAAGUUAUCGAAAUAUGGAGCAACUUCGCCUAUGGAAGAGUGCCCAAGGGCCCAGCAGGCGUGAAAUGGCCGAAGUUCAAGACACAUUACCCAGCGCUGUUAGAGAUCACGAAUGCUAAAUUCUUUGUCUCCAAGAUUAAUUAUUUCGCCCGUUGCAAGAAGUUAAAAAAGCUAAGACUGUACUGAAAAUACAGACGGACAGCAGUCUGUGGCUAUGUUGAGCAUGAUUUAUCAGGUGAACCUUUAAUGUAGUCUUUGACGCUCAAUGUCUUGGAUAUGUUGCCAGACUCCCCGAAAAUCCUCUUUCUGCUCAACUCGAGUUCGUGCUUGCGGAUUCCAAAUUAUGAAAUGGCAUGCUGUAUGUUUAUGAAAUUUCGGUAGUUUUUAUUUCGGCCGUCUAUAGAAGUGGGUGGCACUGUCGCCAUGCUGUCCAGAAUGCACAUGAUAUUCA